AGUUGUAAUUUGUUUAUUUUGCUGUUGAAGAUGCCAAAGGAAGUAAAAUGUGACUAUGGAUUGUGGGAAACAAUACCAGAAGAGGUAUUUUUGAAAAUCUUGCUUUAUUUAAGUACUAAGGAUAUUUUGGCUUUCGGAUCAACAUGUAAAAGAUAUUAUAAAAUUUGUAAAGAUGAUUUUUUGUGGAGAAAAUUAUUUCGCAGAGAUUUCAAAAUAUCUAACAACCUUGAAUUGAAACCAGGAGCAAAUUCUUGGGGUUCGGAAUAUAAACGUCUCUCUAUAAAUGUACCUAUGAUUCUUACAGAAGUCCUUGAACAACAUUCUCAUCAAGUUUUACAUGUUAGCUUUUCUCAUAAUGGAGAAAUGUUCGCAACAUGCUCGAAAGACUCAAAUGUUAUUAUAUGGAAUUCGUCGUACCCCUGUUCCGUAAAAAAUGUACAUAGUAUGAAAAAAUAUACAUGGAAAUGCACACAAUAUUCGCAGUUUAAUAAAACAGAUACUUUACUUUUAGUUUCGGGUAUUCUUUUUAACUCUGAUAGUACACAGGGUGAGAUUGCGGUUUUCUCUAUUAAAGAAAAUUGGUCAUCAUUACUUUGUAGGGUAUCAAAUCGUCCAUAUGACGUUUUUGGGACAUGGUUUAAUGACUAUCAACUACUUUCGGGCGAUUUCAAUUGGCCUAACUAUCUAAUAAACAAAUCAUUUGUAUGGUUGAAUAGAACUAAUCAAGAUUCUUCAGAACAUAGAGUUGCCACGACGCAAAUGUAUAAGUUUUAUAAUCGAAAUGCAAGCUCUAUUCGGGCAAUUAUAGUUGCCAAUUGUCCUUGGAUAAAUCGUUCAAACAAUCCACUGAAAACUAACGAUUCUUCUGAAGCGCAACAAAAAUUAUUGAUUCGUAAUAUAGAAACUAAUGGUAAUCCUUUUCUUUCGGAGAAUCUACACCGUUCCGAAUUAUCGGAAAAUUUACUUGAACAUAGAAAAAGGUGUAAAGAUUACCGAACAGCACAAAAUAUUGAACAUAGCUUCAUUAAUAAAUUUAGCAAUGAUUGUAAAAAAUCUAGUAAGUUGAAUAUGCAGUCAAUUGAUUUGAAAGUUGAUGAGGAUUUGGAAAAUUCUGUGCCCAAGUAUUUAAUAUUUUUUACUGGUUCAAAAACAUGCUUACCACAUGAAAUAGGUAUAAAGCGUGUUGAAAACAUAGAAUUCGCUAAUAACUCCGAUUUUGAAUCAUCUUUAAAAGAAGAGCAACAGUUUGAAGGGAGUGGGAGUGCUGUAUGGGAUCUGGAACAUAAUGAAAUAAACGUACCUAAUUUGAGAAAUUCUGAUUCAGUAACAAAUCAUUUUGACAAAAUUGACAAAACUAUAGAUCUACACGGACAUAUAAUUGGUAUGGCACUUAGUCCCGAUCAUAGAUUUUUAUAUGUGAAUUCUCGACCUUGGCCAGAAAAUUAUGUUAUAACAAAUCCACUGGAACCACCUCCCAUAGCUCAAGAAAUUGAAAUACAUGUUAUUGACCUAAGAACUUUGAAGCCAUUGGAAUACAUUUUAAGGUCACAUAAAGCUUAUACUCCAAAUACAGAAUGUUUUUUUAUAUUUUUGAAUGUUUCGGAUGAUUAUGUAGCAAGUGGUGCCGAAGACAAACAUGCCUACAUAUGGGAUAGAUUUUAUGGGAUCUGCCUCGCAAAGUAUAGACAUUUGGAUGUAGUGAACUCAGUUGCUUUCAAUCCAAAAGAUCCUGAAAUGUUAGUUACGACUAGUGACGAUCACUCAAUCAAAAUUUGGAGAUCUAGAGAUAAAGUGAAAAAACUUAAUAUACCUUUUAAUGAACAAGCCACCGAAUUUCGAAAAAGUUGGUAAACUUAUUUGAUACCUACUUCAAAACUUCGAAACAUUUUUUAUUGGUUUAUUGUUUUUUAUCACUUAAUUUAUUUAUUUUGUAGAAUCUGUGUAUUGUUUGUAUUGAAAAUGAUGUGAUAAAAAUUUAUCUAAAAUAAAAAUCU